UUUAACAAGUUUGCAACAGUUGUUACGCGGGUAACAUUGAAUUGCAUCAAAACACGGAUUACAAUCUGAAUAAGCGCAUACUAGCGAGAGUUUUUCUUAAAUUAUGUUCGAAAGUGACGAUUGGAUUUUGGAGGACACUUUUAACAAUGUCGAUGAGAAGCCGGUGCAAUCUCGAGAAGAAAAAGCCGAAGAAAAGACAUCGCCUGCCAAGAGGCGUAAAGUGAACAGCUGCGAGAUUUUGUCCUCACUGGUGGACAACACUGUCGCUUCGAAACCAAAUGCUAUAGAAGUCGUUCCGAAGAACAAUUUUUCCUGUAGCGGUAAGAAUUGUGUGUCGAGAGAGAGAAAUUUAUUAUUAGAUAUGUUUCGAGAAAAAAAAUCUCCAGAGUCACUCAAAAAGUCCACAAAGGAAAUAAACAGAAAGUUAUCAAGUCUUUUGCAAGAAGAGAUAUCAUCUAAUCAGAUAUCUAAGCCAAAUUCAACAACGAAUACAAUUGCCUGCAAAAUAUCCAAAGAUAAGAGCCAUAUAAAGUCUGUAAAUAAAACAAAAAGUGGUAAGAGUGUAAAGUUUGUUAGAAUAUUUCCCGGUCCAGCUGGCUUGGUACCAGACAGGACAAGUGAUGAUAUUACUGUCGAGUCAUAUUCAAAUGACAAAACAGAAUCAGAGAAUAAAACAACCAUGAAGCACAUAGAGACAGAUUUGCCCAAAUCAUCCCAGGACGAUAAGAACUUGUUUAGUGAGAAAGCUUGGAAUCUCCUGCUAAUUGAUCUGCCGUAUAAUUUUUUCAAAGAAUAUGGAAUUUCCACCAUUAAAAAUAAGGCAGAUUCUAGUCACUGUAACAGUAUGAAAGUAAAAUUCAUAGCAGGUAUAUUAGAUUACAUAGAUUAUAGUCACGAUGAUCCGUUUAUUGUAUUGAAAGAUUCGACAGGUAGUAUAGAAGGCACUAUUCAUCGCAACAUUUUAUUAAAAUAUCCUGGUAUAUUAGACCCGAAUGUGGUUAUUUUUGUGCAAGACGUAGGACUACUGAAAACCAAGACAUAUGUAGUGACUAAUAAAUAUCAUAUUUUAAUUUCUCAGAGAAAUUUACUAGCUAUAUAUUCUAAUAAAGGUCGGAUAGUAAGCACACCUCAAGUGGAGAGUGUCUUGUCUAAGAUUGUGAUAAAUGAAAAUUGUGAUAGUACACCUUUGCAAACUGCCGAGUCUUCCAUUAAUGCGUCAACUGUAAUUGCAUCGGUGAACAAUUCGCAUCGAGUAAACACAAAUCUCAAACAAGCUUGGGAAACAGAUAGUCGGAAGAACAAACUUGCAAAUGAAGAAUGUCAAUAUUUUGCCAACUCUACAAGCACGAACGACUUGGACAUGAAUGAUUUCUUUUCGAUCGAUUGCGAAUUUGAAAUUACCGAGGAACCGAAUCGUUUUACCGAAUCGUCAAAAGAAAACUUGCAACCUAGUGAAAUUGAACGGUUGCAAACGGAAAAUACGAAUCACGUAGAAAAUAGCAGAAGAGACCCGGCAAGAAGUUCAUCAAAUAAGCAAACUUCGUCUCAAACUUUUCAGACACGUGUCGCGAAUUCAGAAGAAACUGUCGAUAUACCGGAUGGAAAACGCAAAACGCAUUUUUCGUCGAACGAUGGUGCAGCUCACGAAACGCGAAAAGAAGACUCGAAUUCCAAAAACUUAAAAUCCACGAAAGCGCUGGUGAGCUAUUUUACCGGUGAUAAUGAAUAUGAUUCGGAUGAUGAAAUGUUAUCGCAGUUAGACGUGUAAUUAAUGUUUAAGGUAAAGACUGUUUAUUGCUAAAUAGAGCGAGUUCUACUUCCGUGGAUGUGACUGACAUUUAUAUUGUGCGAGAUUCAACUUGAACAAUAUUAAUGUAAUUACUGUAUUAAAAAAUGAUUUUUGAUCACAUGUACAUACACAAAAAUGAUUUUUG